AGGGAGAGUGGCUGAGUGGUUAAAAGCGACAGACUGUAAAUCUGUUGAAAGUCUUCUACGUAGGUUCGAAUCCUGCCUCUCCCAGUGCUUUUAACUAGGAGACUUCGCUUGUAUGGGUACUCAAAAAUCUUGAAAUUCCGAACCCGCAACUACACUUUUCAUUAACCACUUGAUUCUUUAGGAGUCUUCUAAUUGUUUCAAGAACUAAAAAAUCGAAGAAAGAAUGUCCGUAGGUGCGAAGAAAAUGUCCGAAUGCAAAUUUAUCCCAAACCUAUUCGUUAGAAGCUUCGCAAGUAUCCGUCGUCUAAUAAUGUCGCUUCCGGUCCUUGUAGGAAACCUACAAGCAGACCUCGCUUCGCACCCCAACUGGCGCCUUCGGUGUUUAUUAUGCACGAAAACAUACUGGCGUGCGUUUUUAUGCAGAACCCCAACGCCAACUGUUUUUCUUCGAUAACGACGCGAAGCGUGCGAGCUUGCUUUAUUAUCUCGCGGGCAUUGUUAGGCGCUUGCAAAGCAUACCGCUUCGCUUGCGCUCGCACGCUCCGGGCCUUCCCCUUUCAAAUAAAACGAGCGCGCGCCCCCCCUCCGUCACACCGAGCAAGCGAAGCUUGCGAAGGCUCGUUAGAGUCGCGCAUAAUAAAGCUCACACCGAAGGCGCGUUAGGUCUCCUAGUAGUGAGCUUAAUCAGAGCGAGCAAGCAAAGAAAAAAAAGCAAGGGUCCGGUUGGACGAGCGCAAGCGAAGCAAACCACGGUUGGACGAGCGCAAGCGAAGUAAACCACGGUUGGGCGAGCAAGCAAAGAAAAAAGCAAGCGAUGGCGCAAAGCGUGCGAGCGCAAGCGAAGCAAACCACGGUUGGACGAGCGUAAGCGAAGCAAACCACGGUUGGACGAGCGAGCGAAGCUCGCGAAGGAAAGUGCGGAUAAUGCAUGCGCGGCAUUAUUGGUUCGCCAGAAGAAGGCUGCAUGGGUGGGAUAUGCGCGUUUUCUUUAUUAUGCCCGAGAGCUUGCAUUUUCUUUUUAUGUGCGAAGCAUGCCCGUAGAAAGUUAGGUUCGUUAGAAAUUAUGCGCGUUUUAUUAUGCCCCGAAGAAUUUUCACUUGAAAGCGAAACACAUACUUGCUUGAAAGCGAAACACAUACUUGCUU